UUUACCUAUACCUGUUUCAAUAUCUUUGCAUGGAUGUAAAUACCUGUUGGCCUGUCACUUGACAGCCUUUGUGGUAGUUGGUAGUAACCAUAUGGUCAUCUAAUCGGUGAAACUAUAGCGGUCUUUUCGAAUUUGGCAAGGUCCACACGUAAAAGUUCUGUUCGAAAGAAGCAAGCUGACAUCCAGAUAAGUGCAAGAGUACGAAAAUAUGUAUUUGUGCUAUGGUGUAGCUUUGAUUCUAUUAUGCGGAAGUGUUACAACCAGCGAUCCGUCGAAGAGAACUGCACGUCAGGGAUACCAACCUUCAUUACUGAGCAAUGAUGAAAUUAUCACUAUUUCCAAACUGUCAAAUACCACAAAUUUUGAGGAAGUGCUUGAUAGCAUAUUGAUACCAAGAGUAGUUGGAACGCCGACCCAUGAAGUAGUGAAAUCAUUUUUAGUGCAGACUAUGACAAAACUAGGCUGGGAUGUAGAAACUGAUAAGUUCAAAGCAAAUACGCCUGUAUUUGGCUCUCUUACGUUUGAAAAUGUAAUCGCAAGAUUGAAUCCGAGUGCUCACAGUUUCUUGACUUUAGCAUGCCAUUAUGAUUCAAAAUAUUUUCGUGAAGGAGAAUUUUUGGGAGCCACAGAUUCAGCCGUACCAUGUGCGAUGAUGAUAAAUUUGGCAUAUACCAUGCAGAAACAAUUAUCAAAACUAAAAGAUGAGGAAGACAUGAGUCUGAUGUUUAUUUUCUUUGAUGGAGAAGAAGCUUUCCGUCACUGGAGCCCUACAGAUUCAAUUUAUGGGGCAAGGCAUUUGGCGCAAAAGUGGGAACAGACACGAUCUCCAAGGAAAAGUGGUGCAAAAGAACUGGACAGAAUUGAUGUAUUGGUCUUGCUUGAUUUAUUGGGUGCUCCUGAUCCUGUAUUCUACAGUUAUUUUUCGAACACCGAACAGUAUUACCGACACAUUGCAAGUACAGAGGAACGCCUAUCUGCUUUGAAACAACUACAGAGAUACUCGAAUGGGAAGCCUGAACAACGUUAUUUCCAACUCAUGUCUACUGCAUCAGGGAUUGAGGAUGACCACAUUCCUUUCUUAAUAAGAGGUGUACGCAUACUACAUAUAAUACCACGCGCCUUUCCUGAAGUCUGGCACACAUUCCGUGAUAACCGCAAUGCUAUUGACUUCAGCACCGUAGACAAUCUGAACAAAAUGUUGCGACUUUUUGUGGCAGAAAGUUUGCAUAUGACUGACUUGUAAAUAUAUACACUGCUCAUAUUAUUACUUGUAAAUAAUUAAGGAAUUAUCUAUUGUACAAACACAUGGCCAGGAGUCUUCAAAUAUAACUAUUUUGCUUUUACAACAAA